CUCACGUGUGCGUCAUAGGACGCUGCUCGCGACAUGGAUCGCGCCCUAGUGCUGCAAAGACUCCGCGAAACCUUUGGGGAGGAUAGCUUUGACUGGUUCGACAAAGCCUACCUGAUGGACUGGAUUGUGGUGGGCUGCCUUUGGGUAGCUUCCUAUGUUAUCGACCUCUUUCCUGUCUAUCACCGGGAGUUCUCUCCCGAUGAUUCCCUGAUAUCUCAUGACCAUCACCAUAACCAAGUACCAAGCUGGUUAAAUCACGUUGUAGCCUUCGCUGUACCCGCUGCCCUAAUGGCGCUUGUCGGCUUGAAGAGGAGGUCACUCAUGGACAUACAUCACGGAGCAUUAGCGCUUGCAUCGUCCAGAGGAUGGACUGCUGUUAUUACUGAAUUCGUCAAGCACCUCGUCGGUCGCCUACGUCCCGACUUCCUGUAUCGCUGUAAAUGGGACGCAGCCACCGCCGCUUGCACUGGCAAACUAUCCACUAUCGAAGAAGGUCGAAAAUCAUUCCCUUCCGGACAUUCGUCGACGGCAUUCAGCGGAAUGAUGCUCCUCUCGCUCUGGAUAGCCGGCCAAACUGGCGCGUGGUCCUUUUCGAGCCCCGCACCAGUCAGCAUAGCGCCAAGCCGCAUGCUGCGCUUCCUCAUAGCGAUGCUACCCCUCGUCUGGGCAACCUGGGUCGCCAUUAGCCGGCUCGAAGACUACCGCCACCACAAAGAAGACGUCAUCGUUGGCUCGCUCCUCGGCGCCGGCUUCGCCACGAUUUCCUACCUCAUGUACUGGCCCUCCCCCCUCCUCGCGGAGGUCUCGCAUCUCCCGAGGGCUCUGUAUCGCGAUGACGGGCGGAGGGACAGGGAUCACUAUCGGUUGUACAGCGUGGAUGAGGGGGUUGAUAAUACGGUGUGAUGAGGGCGUAUAAGCACGGUGAAGGGAGAAUAUUGUUGACACGAUGUAAUACAUACACGGAGAGCAGGAUAAGUACGGAUGAAGGAGAUAGAUAUGAAAGUCGACCUGCACUGCGUGUAAGGGAGAACAGGUGCUACUAGCUACGUGCAAAUGAGGACAAGUACCACGCACAAUGGAGGAUAAGUACUAUGCACAAGGCAGAACAGGCUUUACAAGAAGUUUGAGUCCCCAAUAUUUGCUGGUAUGUAAGUACGUACGGUAUGCAUCGCGUGCAUGGAAUGUAUUGCGUUCACGCAGCUGCCGGCUGCCGUACAAACAUCCAUUUGUCGCCCACUUUCUGCAUCCUGCCCCCCGGUCCGCCACCUCCCGAUGUCGGCGAGGCGGCUGACGCCUCAGCCUGAGGUGGGCUGCUGUCCCCAUCGUCCCCGCCGAGCACGA